AUGGAAGAUGCCCUCCAAAGUGUGCACUGUUUGCCCAACUUAUACGAAAGGAAGGAACGUAGCAAGCUUGGAGAACGCAAACGUUUCACAAGCGAACUGGUGAGUUCUCUCAACGAGGGCAACGAGCCAGAAGAGUGGUCUAUUCGACGGGCAGUAACACCUAACAGCUGCAGCCAGAGAGACUCGAUCAUUGAAUGA